AUGGAGCAGCAAUUUAAUUUCUCAGAAGGCCUGAUGGGAAAUGGAACGACGAUUUAUCUCCUGGCCUUUUCCAUUAAGAGGAAUCCUUUCACCACUUUCAUCCUGAAUCUCUCCAUCGCUGAUUUUGGGGUCAUCAUAUCCCUCAUUACUGCAGCUAUAUGUGCGUCAGUGUUUACUCUGAGUCACCAAACAUACCUUAUCAAUGCCUUUUUCUUCUUACUUUUUGAGUUCUUUUUCUUCACUUAUUCUGCCAGCCAGUUUCUGCUGACGGCCAUCAGCCUGGACAGGUGUGUGGCUGUCCACUUCCCAUUCUGGCAUCGCUGCCAUCGUCCUCCAUAUUUAUCCAGACUUGUUUGUGGCCUCAUCUGGAUCCUCUCCUUCCUGCUUUCUAUGGUGCACUUCAUCCUCCACCAGACCAGAACCUAUGGAAGUUCACCUUUGUUUUACCAGCUGAUUGUGAAUGGUUUACUUUGUACGCCUCUCAUGGUUGUGUCCACUGUGACCCUCUGGAUUCAUAUGAGGUCUAAAAUGCAACGCAAUCAAAGGAAACUGCUCACCACCAUCUUGCUGGCUCUCCUCUUCUUCCUCCUGUUUUCUCUCCCAAUGAAUGUCUUUUAUGGCAUUAAAUAUUUUGUUUCCUAUAAUCCCCUCCUCCUGACCAUUGGGGUAGGAUGUGCCACUCUCAACAGCAGCAUCAACCCUCUUCUUUAUUUCUUAGUGGGGAGGAAGAAGAGAGGAAAGGAUCAGCACAGAGCAUCUUACAAGGUUGCUCUGCAAAGAAUCUUUAAGGAUGAGACGGGAAGCACCGAAGAGCAGGAAACCACAAAUGAAAGCCAAUUGUGA